AUGCCAUCUUUCUUAAUUUUUUAUUCUUUCUGUUUUUUUCAUUUUUCAAAUAUAUUCUCUCCCAAUUUUUCAUUCUUUAUUUUUCAUUUUUUCGAAUCCCUUCACUCCCAAUUUUUUAUUCUUUAUUUUUUUAAUUUUCUAAAUCUCUUUCCAUUUUAUCACUUUUCCUUCCUCAUUUUUUCAUUCAUUAUUUCAUUUUUCAAAAUUUUUCUUUCCGUAUUUGCCCUCGUCCCAUAUUUUUCAUUCUUUCAUUUUUUCAAAUUCCUUUUUCUCCUAUUUUCAUUUUUCUGUAUUUUUCAUUCUUUCAUUUUUUCAAAUCACUUCUUUCACAAUUUUCAUUCUUUCUUUAUUUUUCAAAUCUCUUCUCUCCAAAUUUUUUCAUUCUUUCUUUAUUUUUCAUUUUUUCAAAUCCCUUCUUUCACAAUUUUCAUUCUUUCUUUAUUUUUCAAAUCCCUUCUUUCCAAAUUUUUCAUUCUUUCUAUAUUUUUCAUUUUUUCGGUUCUCUUCACUCCCAUUUUUUCAUAUUUUUUAAAUCUCUUUCCAUUUUAUCACUUUUCCUUCCUCAUUUUUUCAUUCAUUAUUUCAUUUUUCAAAAUUUUUCUUUCCGUAUUUGCCCUCGUCCCAUAUUUUUCAUUCUUUCAUUUUCCUAAUUCCUUUUUUUCCUAUUUUCAUUUUUUCUCUACUUUUCAUUCCUUCAUUUUGUUACAUCCCAUAUCUCCCAAUUUUUCAUUCUUCCUGCUUUUUUCAUUUUUCAAAUCCCUUCUCGCCCAAUUCUUUAUCCUUCUAUAUUUUUCAUUUUUUCAAAUCUCUUCUCUCCAAAUUUUUUCAUUCUUUCUUUAUUUUUCAUUUUUUUCAAAUUCCUUCUCACCGAAUUUUACUUCUUUCCAUAUUUUUCAUUCUUUUCAAAUUCUUUCUUUCCAUAUAUUCCUUUUUUUUUUAUCCCCAUGUUUAUUUCAGUCUUUCAAAUUCAUUCUAUCCCUAUUUUAA